GUAAUUGUUCAGCUCCAGUCACAGCUGUUCUCCAAAAGCACUGACCAGAAGGGAUCAUAAUUAAAAUGUCUAAACCAACUCCUGCACCAACAACCAAACAGCGAAAAGCACCUCAAAGAAUGGCUGAGGACAGUAGAUGCAGAAAUUCAAAGGCAAAUGAGAGGACAGAAAACCCACGGGAUAUGGUUCCUCCGUCUCUGUCACAAGUCGCAAAAUUUUCAGUCACCACAUCUGGAAAAAAUUUGAGGACACCAGAAGCUCCAAGUAUUCAAGACUCAGAGUACUUAAAAGAUCAACUUGCAGGAGCCACAGCUGAGAUGCCUGAAACACUUCCUGCAAAAAGCCAGAGAAAGCAAAGUAACCAGGCUCCCAAAUGUGAGGAGGAAGGAAAAAUUCCUCAGAGAGCAGCAAGAAGAGGGAGAAGCAAAGGAGCACAGGAUAAGCUGGCAAUAGAAGGACCAGAAAUUGCAGCUAUUCAGUCUCCAUUAGCCCAAGAGCAGCUCUCUGCACACUGCCCACACCCCAAGCGGACUGGAACUUCACAAAGAAGGAGAGAAUCUGCAGGAUGCCUUGGACAACCCUUUUCCAGGUAUGACUCUGCUGUCCUGUGUGAGAGCUCAAAGAUGGCAGCAGCUGCUCUCUCCAUGCCAAGCAAAGAUGUUGCUCUCCGUAUUAAAGAAAGGGUGAAAGCCCUUCGUCUGAAACAGGAGGAGAUAACCAAGGCUGCUGCAAUAAUUAAUGGGUUCAUUGACCCAUUCAUUAGAUACUUGAAAGAGUAUCCAGAGAGGCCCUACUUUAAGGAGGUGACCAAGUUGACCACGGGCAGCUACUAUGAGUUUGUGAAAAUUGAUCACCCAGAUGAAUUUGACGUAAUGCUGGCUCUGCCGGUUACAUGUUGUGUUCAGUGCACAGAAGUGGAUGGCUACAAUGGUGUCUACUACAAAGUUACUUUACCAAGGAAGUCCCGUAGCUUCCCCACACCUUUCCUGGAAGAUGGGAACACUGUGUCACCUGUGAAAAUCCUGGAGGAAUUCAGGAAACAUGUCAGUCAGUUCAUUGCAUCACACUACAGUGGUAAGCAAGUGUCUUUGACUGCCAGUUUCCAAGUAGUCCUCAUCAAUGUGCAGCGUCAUUCAAAAAAGCAAACAGAAUUUUAG